GUAUUCAAGUGACAAGCACAAUAGAAGCAUGCUUUCAAUUACUCUGUAAUCAAAACAGGAAGCGCUGUGUCUUUAUCAAGUCUGGAAUUAAAACUUUAAAUGAUUUUGUAGACAGGAGGAGAAGAAGAUGGAUCUUCAAUUACAAAUCCUUUUCGUGCUUCUUGUUGUUGAACCAAGCCACUGUGCCAGAUCAAGUGACCUCAACGCAUCAGCAGUGGAGGAACUGUUCGUCAGACAACUGUUUAAAAAAUAUGGCAACGAGUCUGCCAUCUCAUUUGAAGCACUAGAACACCUUUUCCAGAAUCUAGAAUUGGGCAGCAUGCAGAUAACACAUCGCCUCAACGACCACAGGGACAAAACAGGAUUCGAACCUGAGCAUUCGGACCACCAACAUAAACCUGUGGAUAACAGAAUAAUUAAAACUCAUAAACGAAAUCACAUACAUCGCCGAAACUUGGAUUUUCUCACGAAGUGCCUCCUUCCCUCGGACAUUGUGAAUCUGUUUGGGUUCAACACCCGGGACGUCAUUACUGCUGAUCAAUUUCAUCACAUGUGCCCCGUUAUUAUGGUUCAACUGGAUAGUGGAAUAUGUCCCCAUGCGCAUGCUCAGCAUCAUCAAGCACCAACACACUUUACCAUGGCUGGACUUGUCACAAUAGCACCAGAAGCUUGGGGGUACGGCUCGGCGGCCAUCAUCACCAUCAGUCUGCUGGGGCUCCUGAGUGUGUCCAUCAUCCCCUGUCUACAGAGGGUGUUUCUGAACACCGUCCUCCAGUUCUUAGUCGCCCUGGCUGUGGGGGCUCUGUCUGGGGACGCCAUGCUUCACUUAAUACCACACGUUUUUGCCGCUAAAAAGGAAGGCUCUACUGAAGACAAUGAAAACGUUUACAAAGGGUUAUGUGCGUUGGCGGGCAUCUAUAGCUUCUUUAUAUUUGGUCGAGUACAAGGCAUCUACAUGAAUAGGAAGAUAAAGGAAGAAACGAAGGGCGAAAACCUAAUGGACAUUACCAUGAGGAUAGAACCAAAGGAAGCGGAGGAGCCGGAAAUUGUGGCGCUAAAUGCGGUCAAUGAAAAAACCGACGAGCACUGUCCAAAAACGAGUUACGAGUACGAGCAGCCAAAAGACACGCCCUCCACUCACGAGCAUCCCAGCGGACACGGGCACUCCCAUGACCAUCCUGUCCCCCGAACCCUCGGGGCGCUGGUGUGGCGGGUUGUCAUCGGGGAUGGUAUCCACAACUUUAGUGACGGUAUAGCGGUGGGCGUGGCGUUCGCUAACAGUGUGACGGGAGGCCUUAGUACCUCAGUCGCCGUGCUCUGCCACGAACUGCCGCACGAAAUGGGUGACUUCGCCGUUCUGCUGAAAAACGGGAUGACCAUCCGGCAGGCUAUUCUGUGUAACUGUGUGUCCUCGGUUUUGUCUUUUGUUGGUAUGGCGGUGGGGCUGGCUAUCGGAAACAUCGGACAGUCCAGUUUAUGGAUAUUUGCCGGGAUUGCUGGAAUGUUUCUAUACAUUUCCCUUGUGGAUUUAAUACCCGAAAUGAGUUUGCUUGAAUCGGGGAAACGUGAGAGGAGGCCGUUCUGUCAGCUCCUGUUUCAGUUAGGAGGCACGUGUUUGGGGGUUGGAAUUAUGCUGUUAAUAGCUCUGUAUGAAGACCAACUGAACUCAGUGUUUGACUGAUGAUAAAAAGUAUGGUAACUAGUGUUGUAAUACUGUUGUAAAAUUGUAGCAUUGUAUCUUUUGAAUUCAUGUAAAAUACAUACACAUACACACAUUCCAGAGAGAGAGAGAGAGAGAGAGAGAGAGAGAGAUUAUAUGCCACAUCUUACAUUCUAGUUAUUUAGUAAGAGUUUAAGUUAACAUUUUCAUUACUUUAGUACAGGUUAUAUACAGAAAUAUGAUAUGUUCAUACAUUUUGCCUUUUUAAUUAUGCUUUUUAAAAGUUUAUUAAAUAUGUUUGACAAUGUUACUUGUUUUG